AUGUCGAACCGCCACGAGCUCACCCACUUCUUCCCCUCCGCGACGCACCCCGCCAUCCCCAUCGCGACCGAGCUCCUCUCCACACUCCGCAACCUCACUGCACCCGGCACAGGCAAUGCGCUGAAGUCCGGGGAACGCACUGCGCUCGUUGGCGUUGCUGCACUGUUGGCAUGUGAACGCGUCCAAAGCAACGACCUGGUCGAGACGGCUGCCCAGCGUACGGCUUCCGUCUCCCCUGCCAACUUCAAGUCCGCACUCUCCACCUCACGCCGCCUCCUCGCCUCAACAGCCAACAUUGCAGGCCCGUCGUCGACCCGUAAACGGCGCGCGGACGCACCGACCCAGACGGCCCCCGUCCCCAGUGUGCAGCUCCCGCCAUUGCCCUUCUCCACGCCCAGGAAGAAGUACAAGUCUACGACCAACGUGGAUAUUUCCGCUCUCAUGACUCCCUCGCACAAGCACAGUCCCCGGGACAGCAGCCCGUUACGCGAGAACUACACGCCGGGGAGCAGCCAGCCUACGCCCAGUAAACUGCGACCCAUGGAGGAGGAGGACGAGGACGAUGAGGUCGAUGAAGGGCAAGACAAUACCCCACGAAAGCGCAAGGGUGCCGUUGAUGACGGCGACGAUACCGAGCGCACACCCACCAAGUCUGUCCAGUCACGUCUGAAUGCCGCCCGGCGCGCGCGCGAGGCGGACGGUGCAGCUGCUUUCCUCGCCCUCCGCCCCGGUACGACACCGAGUGCGGCUCUCGCAGGUGCUGGUGCUGGAGCCGGGGCAACUGGAAGCGGCGCGUCGCCCCACGGCGCGGACCUGCACCAGUCGGACCCUAUGAACGUGUUCCGCGUACCGAGCCCGCAGCGCAUGAGGCGCCUGCGGAAGCGCGCGGACUGGACGAGCAAGGAAAAGGUGUGGAGCAAGAAGUCUUCAGAAAGUGUGUGGGCCAAGCUCCACAUUGACGUUGAGGGAGGCAGGGACCCCGUCGCGGCGAGCGUCGAGGACAUCAUCCUCGCUGCUUGGCCGUAG